GCUGUUCGACAAGAGACAAUUGCAGUGACUUACCCGAGCGAGGUGUCAACAAAAGGUAACCGAUGCCGGAAGCCCAUUAACAGUCACUCUUGGCCCUCAGUCGCAGAUCGAUCCACCCUACCUCCACCGUAGCUUUAAAUUCAAAAUUCUGUUAAAAAUUUGUGGUUUUGGUCCUCUUUUGAUUCAAUUGGAUGUGAGCAUGAAAUUCAAUUUGGUGCAGACCCUGGUCUUCGUUUUCUGUCUUAUCAGUGUCCAGAUCUAUGGGAUACAAGAUGCCAGCGGGAAACGGAUCGUGAGCAAGUACGAAAGGAUAAUGCAGAUGUAUCCACAACUGGCGACGGGCGGUGGCGAGUCUUCCCAGUGGCGGGCCGCCGAAAAGGACAUGCGGCAUCCCUGCAAGCGGGACUGCUCGGACCAACAGCCCAUGACCUGCUACUACUACAUGGUGGUCCACUACGAUGACACCAUGGCGGAGACCUGCAAACGAUACCUCCAGUCCAAGUUCCGGUUCAAGCUCAGAGGAAAGGAAUACCUGGAUGGCAUCAUGCUGGCGGAGAAACUGGGACCCACCGAUUGCAAGUACGCCGACGGACUGGAGAGCCAGGUGAUGGUGGUGAACGGUCAGCUGCCCGGAAUGGCUAUCGAGGUCUGCCUGGGCGACACCGUGGUGGCGGACGUGAUCAACAGUAUGCACGAGACGACGACGGUCCACUGGCACGGCAUGCAUCAGCGGAUGACCCCGUUCAUGGACGGAGUGCCUCACGUGACUCAGUAUCCGAUCGAGGCCGGCCAGGCGUUUCGCUACCGAUUCGAGGUGGACCAUGGCGGCACCAACUGGUGGCACAGCCACACUGAACAUCAACGAGCCUUCGGGCUGGCCGGUCCGCUGGUGGUGCGGAUGCCGACUCGACUCAAUCCUCACGCCCACCUGUACGACUUUGACCUGUCGGAGCACGUGAUUAUGAUCCAGGACUGGGUGCACAACUUCGUCGAGAGCGUGGCCGAGAACAUCCUGAUCAACGGGAGGGGGCGGAACCUGAAGAAGAACGUCACUGCGAAGCCCACUCUGUACGCCCACUUUCCGGUGGUCCGCGGGGGUCGCUAUCGCUUCCGGGUGAUUUUCAAUGGUGUUUCUAACUGCCCAAUCAGCUUUAGCGUGGACCAGCACGACCUAGUGGUGAUUUCCAGCGAUGGCAACGACAUUGAGCCAGUGGAGGUCCAGCGGAUUAUGUUCCACGGCGCGGAGCGGUUCGACUUUGUGUUGCAUGCCAACCAAGAGGUCGCCAACUACUGGAUCCGGGUGAAGGGAUACAGCUUCUGUGCCAAGAAUCAGCUGCACCAGGAGGCGGUGCUUCACUAUCGGGAUGCAGACCCUCGGUCGCUGGACACACAUACCCUGACCUACGCCUACGAUGCCCCAGGCACGACCCUCAACGAACUUGGAGACGACAACAGCAUGACCGGAAGCGGAAGCGGCAGGAGUAUUUCCCUCGCGGACUUGAAUGCCCAGAGACAGGAGCUGGAAAUACAGCCGGCGGUAACGUACUACACCAGCAUGAACGCCUUCGAGGUGCGCCAGGGGGAGGGCUUCCGCUUCCAGAUGGAUGACAUCAGCUUCAGCAUGCCGAAGAUGUCGCUGCUGCAGACCCGCAAUCUGGGCGUGGGCCAGUUCUUCUGCAACCGCUCCCAGCAGGCGGACUUGGGAUUCAACUGCCGGCAGCGGCACUGUCGCUGCUCGAACGUGAUCCAAGUGCCGGCCAACCAACAAGUCGAGUUCGUCAUCUACAGCCUGUCGAAUACCCCGCACCCGGUUCACCUGCAUGGCUACACCUUUCGUGUGGUGGGAAUGGGGGUACUAGGCGAGGACCAGAUCGGUCAGAUUGAGCAGAUCGACAGGAGAAAUCCGCUGCCGCGACGCGGACGAGGUGCCCCGCUCAAGGACUCGGUGCAGGUGCCUGCCUUCGGGUACACCAUCAUGCGUUUCUUCACCAACAGUCCUGGCUACUGGAUGUUCCACUGCCACAUAUCGCCGCAUUCGGAGAACGGCAUGGCGGCAGUGGUAAGAGUUGGCGAGGAUGUCGAGAUGAAGAUGUGCCCUGUGAGCAACUGCGGGCUUUGCAGCUCAGUAGCGUAGUGCUUAACAAAAUAAAAAUAAAGUACCUUUAAGCUGGCAUUUCAAA